AUGUAUUCUAGCGAAGCUAUUGAACCACGAAGCGUACGAUCGGUUAUUGGAAGUGCAAAUGGACGGUCUUCACAAAGGAGAACGAGUAGUAGCAACGCAUCCGCUUCUUCACGUUUAUUCAUGAAUGCGGUAAAGGAUGCAAGUAGAAGUUCAAGGACGGCAGGAGAUAAGCAUGAGGAAAAUGGCAUAGAUAGGACAACUAAACGUUCUUACAGCCCGAGCAAAGAUCAGUCUAAUGACGAUCUAAAAACCAAAGCUCGAAAAGUUGAGAGUGAAUCGAGUAUAGACAAAUACCGUGUGUACGAGACAGAUCAUUCUCAUGACAAAAUAUCUCGUAUAAAACUUGAACGACAACCGGGUGAUCAAGGGUUAUAUAAUGUUUUGCAAGAAGAACACGAUCAUAGUAGAUAUG